AAAAAAAAUCACAGCCGUUGGGUUUGGGCUACCUACUUAAAUAUGCGGGUAAGAUUUCACAGUUCCUUGUAACAUGGACUCCACUAAGUGGAGAGCUGUACUUAAGUGUGGUAAAUCCUAGCUGAUACCAUAUAAGAUCAACGAUUCCAAAGAGACCGAAAGUACGAAACACAGCAACUUCCGUUUUGAAGUCGCCGGAGCUCUCUCUCCGGUCUCUGCAGAUCUGAACUCCGCCGGUUCUGGUGCUAUUGAUUCCUCUUCAAAAGUCCUCGCUUUGUUACUCCUUCUCGAACUAAAUUCCGCAAGAAUCCUUCUUUUCUAAUCUCCAACCAUUCCUCUUUGAGAUUCUUGUUUUGGAUAUUACAAUCCCAGAGUUCUUCCCUCUUCGCUGCUUAAACCCUCGUCUUUGGAAAACUAGGGUUUCAAAUACUUCAAGUCCUCGAUCAGGGUUCCCAUUUGCAAUGAGGGGUUCUUUGGGUUUUGAAGGAUUUUCUCUGUUGCAUGCUCUUUCAGUGAACUAAGGCAAUAAUGGCCACCUCUUACCCAGGAGCAGUUCAGGUUGGCUCAUACUUUGUGGUGCAGUACUACCAAGUUCUUCAGCAACAACUGGAACUCGUUCACCGGUUCUACUCUUAGAAUAGCACCAUGGUUCGAGUUGAUGGGAAGUCGAGCUGGUCUGCUUCUGCAAUUCAGGUGAAUUUAGAUUUGUCUAUGUCAGAAACUUGCCCUCUGAUGUUACUGCUGCAGAAAUUAAGGAGGAAUUUGAGAACUUUGGUAGAAUCAAGCUUGAUGGUGUUUUUAUCAGGAGCCACAAGGUUGUUUCCUUUUUCUCUUCUGUUGAUCAUCUUUGGAUAACCUGCAAGAAGCUGGAUUAAAGUUUGAUGCACGCAAGAUGUUCCUGGUGUCGCCAUGUUUUUGUUGAGUUUGAAGAUAUCCCUGCUGUUCAAAAUGCAGUCAAGGUAUAAAGAAAUUAUGUCUUU